AUGUCAACUUGGUUCCCUUUUUUAAGGUUGAACAAAACUGAUGAGGACGUUGAGGAGGGGAGAAGUGAAGAAAAUAAUGAAGAAGACCUUUCUGAGGAAACAAGACUUAUUGAAGCCGAUCUUUCUGCGCUAGAUGAUCUUAAUGAAGAACAAAGAAAUAAAAUUAAAGAGGUGUUAAGACGUGCAGAAAUAUCUCGGAAAGAAGCUCGAAUAGUUUUAGACUCAAAAAAGUUGCAGAGGUUUAGAGAACCAUCAUUUCGAGGUACAUUUAGUGAAGAUGACAGCUUGUUUACCGUCGAAAGCGAAGCGCAACUUGUCCAAAUGGACUCGCUACCAGAAAACCUUGAAGUAGUGGUUGCGCCAGCACCACCGGGAUCGAUUGCAAGUUCUUGCACCGACUGGCCUCAUUCAUCUUUAAGUAGCGCAAUUAGCUCUGGUAUUGCCAGUCCAGCACAUUACGCUACCUUUGAGAUGAAAGAUUUAAGUGAGCAUAUCGUAAGAUGGAUCAAAAGCCUUGACACUGACGAAGAGGGCGAGCCAGUAAGUAUGAUAGAAGGCGAAGUAAAGAUAGCUGCACAUCACUGUGGGUUACCUGAAGAGAUCGCUGUUUAUGCUACUGCAACAGCUAACAGGAUCUGUGAAGCUGCUGCACUUCUCUUUUCAACUAUACCAUCAACAUCUAAACAGUCAUUUCCUUUAGUUGAAGCCUUCUACUCCAACUUUUGCAAACAGAUAUUUGAAAUAGUUUACCAAGAAAUUAAAAAGCGUUACAAGAAUAAAAACACUAAAAUGGUUGACGACUACUGUUCUGCCCUGGUAUCAGAAUUAUUUGUGCAGUGUUAUGCAUGUCUGAAGGAAGAUGAAGCAGCCGCUGCUACUUGCCAUACUAAUAGUACAAGGCAAUUAUUUGGUGAGAGUUUUCUGUUUACCGCAGGUUUUUGA